AUGGAGGACAGGAAGAGACCCGCCAUCAGCGGCGCCGAAGACCUGGCUCCUCCCAGCAAGAGGGUUGCCAUCAAUGGGUCCAAGGCCAAGGACGAAAACACGGACAUGAAGGAAGAUACCUGGAUCGAAGCAUAUACAAAGGGAGCGAUAUAUCGGCAAAUGCAGGAGUACAGUCGUAAGGCGUCCACAGCCGAAUCGCGUCUAGAAGAGCUACACAAACGAUCCGUCCACCAUGACGAUCAUUUACGAAUUAUUGACGCUUGGUGGCGACAGUGUUUAGAAGAACUCGAAUUGUUGGUUACGUCCAAAGUACCGACUGCGGAGCCUAGGGACACUCCAUAUCUCACGGCCGUGAGCUUCAAAAACCUACAUGAUUUCCAAGCUCAUUUACAGGAAAGGGGGAAGACGAUCAAAGCCAAGGCCGAAUCACUGCUCACCCAACUCGCAGCCCAGAGGGAAAAUAUUUCACCCAAGACAACUGAGUUAGAAAGCCAAAUCGCCAGCCUCCUAGCGGCCCAGAAAGAAUACCUCCUAAAGCUCGACCGAUUGAGCGCAGAAAAGGAACAAAUGUCGGAGCAACUCAACGCCGCGACGCUUAGGUAUUUCAAAGCCGAGAAGAAGCUCGAUCGUGCCAAGAGCGCGCAAGUUCAGAGGCUAGAGCAGCAGGCAUUUGCUAAUGCUACACGGCCCGCGACUACGCCUACCGAGGGAGGAUCAGAACCCAGUGAACCAAACGGCAGUGCAAAUGAGCUGUUGGUGAAAUAUGAAGAGGCCAUGGCGGCUGCGACGAAACAAAAGGAGCAACUGGAGGCGCUUCUUGCUGAGCUCAAAACCCUGCAAGAGGAAAACACAAGUCUGAAAGCUCGACGAGAAACUCUGUCAGACGAAGAUUACAUCCGCACGGAUGUGUUUAAGCAAUUCAAGAGUCAAAAUGAGGACCUCAUCAAGCGGAUCAACACCUUGGAAGCCACCAACAAGCAAUUGCGCGAGGAGGCGGAAAAGCUCCAAGCAGAGCGAACGGCAUUCCGCACCCAGCUCGAAGCAGAUAUGAACCAGGUGGCACAGGACUAUGAAGCUGAUAUUGCCGCACGAGACCAGGACCUGACCCGCGUACGGUCUGCUCGGGACGAGAUACUCGCAGAGAACAUGCAGCGCAGGGCGAAUGCAGAGCAGGAACGGAUCGCAAUGGAGCACAUCAAAGAGCUUGUAGCAGCAAAGGAGGACAGAAUAUCUGCGCUAGAGUUGGAACUUGCUCGCUUGAAACCAGCAGGGGAUGAAGAAACUGGUGUUGUGGCGGACGUGGACGAUAUUUCAGAGGAGGACCUGCGGCAAAGAUACAAGAAGCUGAGGCAAGAUUUCGACUCCAUUAACCAAGAGCUACCGGCAAUGGAGAAGGCGUACAAGAAGAUGAAGGAUCUUGCUCAGAAGAAGGUGCUCGAUUUCACUGCCUUGGAGGAGAAGGUGGCGAUCCUAAUUGCUGAGAAGAGCAAAGCCGAUCAAAAGUACUUUGCUGCCCGGAAGGAUGCCGACACUCGAAACAGCGAGAUUCGAACCCUAAGACACCAGAGCGGAAAAUCAGCCGAACUGAUUGCUCAGUUGAAAGACUUUGAAUCUCAGACCCGAACUUUGCUGUCCAAUCUGGAGAAACAAUCGGCGGAUUUGAGGCAGGCCAAUGCGGCGCUGGUCGCCGAAAGCAAAAAGAUGGAAUCCAACAGCCUAGAGGCUGUGAGAAAGUCGGAAUCUGUCACGAAGCAAGUGGGAGACUUGACCAACUUGGUCAAGUCCAAGGACGCAUCCACAGCUGUUAUCCGAGAGCGAAACGCUAUGCAAGAAGUUGAAGUGGAGAAGCUCAAGGUUCGAAUUGAGCAUAUGCAGAAAGACCGGGAUAGCUGGAAGAAUAAGGCGCUGAGCAACUCCUCAGAAGAGGAAGACAUGCUACGGACUAUGGCCUUGUGUACGGUUUGCCGCACCAAUUUCAAAAACACUGCGCUCAAGACUUGCGGCCACCUUUUCUGCAACAAAUGUGUGGAUGACCGCAUAAGCAACCGUAUGCGGAAGUGUCCUAGCUGCUCAAGGGCGUUUGACAAGAUGGAUGUCAUGCAGGUUCACUUUUAA